UAUGUUGAGCUUAGUUUUCAUAACAAGUCUUAAAUUGGAAAUAAUUCAUUUAAAUUCAGAUAUAGAAAAUACGUAUCAUAGUCACUAGCAUUGGUUAUCAAGCACGGUUUGAUCGUGUCAGCUCCGCAGUAUUUUUUUUACUCCGAUUGCUUGUUUGCCGCCUUUUAAUCGCUCCAGCUUCUGUCAAUUAUAUUAAAACAAUAAAUCAAAUUAAAUCUCAAUAUUAAGUUAUGAGCACAUCAAAUAUUAAUCAUAUCUAUCUCACGUCAAAUACGGAAUACGGUCGACUGUUGGUGCAACUUUGCGAAAAAUCAGCCAAAUGUGGCAAGAAUGUGCUGAUCAUCACACAGAGUCGCACCAGUUUGUCCGACAUGCUGGAGAAGCAUCGCUCCUCUGGCCACUUUCUAAUCCUUCUCCUUUCCGACAUAGAGAGUGCACCGCGUCACAUCGUCGAGCUCUACGAAUGCACAUCCAUGCCGGAUCUGAUUAUCUUCGACCUCAACUCGAUUAUUGUUAACCUGCUGCGUUGGCCGGUUAUGCAGCAGCGCAACACAGAGACUCUGGUGCGGAAUAUAGCCAAAUGUGCUGCUGCCUUCUGCAGCUACCGGCAGAUGGUCCAACAAUUUAAGGAGCAGCAACAGCAGAAGAGGAAGCAGGAACAACUGCAAGAUAUGGGAAGCAAAGCGAAAGAGACGAUGAUAGGCAAGGAUAAGCAAGAUGACAAGAAACCAACAAAAAAGGAAGAGCAGGAAGCGAUUAGAUCUCAUCCCCUAAAUACCAUCAUCAUCAUGCCAACGGACACAUAUCCGUUGAGUCCCGCGCAGUUUAAAUUGUUAAUCGGACUGUAUUUCUAUGACAAUGUCUGCCAUACAGAUUUUGCCAGGAUGGUGGCCUGCAUUAGGGACUCACAGUGUCAGGACUAAUCUAAAAUGUUAUUAACUUGUGCCUUCGUGGGGGUGCCUUAAGGUAUGGCCGGACAGGCAAAUAAUUUGCAACUAAAAAAAAUAAUGGUUUACUAAAAGCAUUAAAAUAGAAAGAAUUUAUCUGCAAAUUAUUUGCUUCUCUGAACGUAACAUAAUUCCUUUGUUAAUUUUGUUGAACGUUUUUUCUUCGUUUCAUUGGUCUCAAUUUUCUAAAAAAUCAUUUUCUAAAAUGCUUAAUUAUAGAGAA